CUGGAUGAAGGGGAAGAUGUCGCUUGCCAGUUGCGUAGCGGUGACCGGAGCUGCAGGUUCCCUUCCCAGCACCGGGGUGUAGGUCUGUGAGCGCUGCAGGUGGCCCUGGCAUCAGAUUGUCACUUAGCCCUACAGGUGUGGCAAACGGCGUUUGAAAGAUGGGGAGAAGCCAUGAAGCAUGUGCAAGUGUCCUUGUUUCAUUUCAGGUUGGGCAUCCCAGAAAAUGGAAUAAUUCACCAGUACCUCCUGGUCACGGUGGUGAUGUGGGUGUGAGACUUCUCCAAGUUGUGCCCCCCUGGUGGCUGCUUACCUGUUGCUGUGGGAGGAUGCCAUCAGCUUCCAGUCAUGACCACGCAAAUCCAUCACGACGGGGCAGGUCCAGGAUGGAGCUAGGAAGCCUGGUCAGUAAGGCAAGGCUGGGAUCAGCAAGGCCAGGAUCAGCAAGGCCCAUGGCUGGGUGCAGCCGUGUCCCCAUGGGUACGCAAGCUUCAUGGGGGCCCCAGCGUAGAGCAGCUCCCGAGGCGAGGUGGGGAGGCCCCAGACACAGCUGCUCCCAGCGCCGCCUCACACCGCUCCUUCCACCUCGCUCAGCUCCAAGGUCGCUGGAACAGCAGCCACGCUCCCGUGGGGUGGGGGGAGCGGCUGCAGAGCCUGUUCCUGCUCCCAGGCCCCUGACGCUUCCUGAGGCUGGAGCUGGAGAGUGCCGGAUUCCCACUGCUGAUCCUACCUCAUUAGCGUGGCGCGAGGUGCGUUUUCUGCACAGUAUUUUCCUUCUCAGGAGGGGAAGAGGUGAUGCAAAAAGGAGCGCUCUGGUCUGGGCACUUCAGCCCUACAUCGCAGAUGAGGGAAGUACCGGCACCAGGAACUCCUCACCGUCAGCCUGUGCUCAUAUUCAGCACCGGGAGCCAGAGGAGCGGGCGGUCCCAGCUGGACGUGCUGCGGGGCUCGGGGUGGUUACGGUCGGUGGAUUCCUAUUUGGUCACCCGAGCUUUAAACCAGGAGUUUGCAUUCUCCAUGCCUUCCCCAUGCACAGGAUGGCUGGAUGUUAGUUCCCAUUUGUUCUGCUGAAAGAAUCCUGUGUAAGAUCCAGAAUGCAGAAGUGGCAAUUGUAAGGAACAAGCCAUUGACUGCCGGUGGACUUUUAACAAAAUCUGAAGAACCAGUUUAAACGAGACAAAUGAUGUCAGUCAGGUCCCAUGAGGUCAGAUCACAGCGGUAACCGCAUCCACUCAAGCUGCUGUCCGGAACACACCACCGCCAGAAGAGCAAAGUCCCUGCUUAGGUGGAGCAGCACAGAAAAAGGGAAGAAAAACCUUUCUGUGAGGGAAGGGGGCUGGAGGAGGUGGAGCAGCACCUUCACCUUGCAGCCAAACAGAGCAGCCAAAGCUUUUAGCCAGGAGCACGACUUGCUGAAGGCAAGAGUCCAGGGAUGAAAAAGCACUAUAAAAAGCACUUAGAUGUAGGCAGAAUUAAUUAACUGUGUGUCCCUCACUCUGAUUAAAGGGGAUGGGGGGGUGUGAUGCGCCCUCCUGGCCAGCCCCUGGUCAAUCCUGAUGCCAGAAGACAGGAGCAACGCAUCUGACUUUGGCAAAACAAAUGCCAUGGGAAGAACAAGGUGCUCACAAAGCCCCCGGAGCUGUACAGCUCCCCGCUCACCACUCCUGGUGAACCUCCUCACUUGCACGGACCUGGGGAUGCUCUCAAGUUUUGCACAGGCAGCUUUGGGUGAAACGUCUGCUCGGGACCAGUCCUUUGGGGAGCACACAGGCUGGGAGGGAGGCGCGAGGGAAGCUGGGGUCAGCACUGCGGCAUGGCUGGAAGAGGUUUCAGUUGAAUAUGUGGAAGAACUUCUUU